GAGAGACUGAGACUGUCUGCGUUCUUCAGUGAGUGGUGAGCCACAGCAGAAGGUUACGACGUCUUCAUUAGACCAAAAGCAACAAAUGGCAACCGUACUCUUUCAUCAAUUCUGUGUAUCCAGUAUCUUAUUCCUGUACAAUUGUUUCACGCGGCCGCAUCUCGAGUUUUCAACACCUGUCUGCCCUGCGCAACAAGCUGACCCAAACAAGAUGACGCUGACGCUGUCCAGGAACCGGAUCAAAUCGGUCUGCAUCUUCCAAUUUUCCUCUCUACUCCUCGGAUUUUUCACCCCCACCUUCGCCAAUGCAGCCCAGAUCCAAAAGCAGAAGGUUACCGCGACUGCGAAAGCAACUAUCUCCCACAACCAGAACUCGAAACACAAGGUGAUUUCUGUCCAAGAUCAAAAGAACGAAGCGACCGAGCAGGCGGUGCGUGAAAUGACGGAAAAAGCCUACGAAAAGGCCGCGGAACGCGCCCGGAAGCACGAAUUUCACACCUACGAGUCCGCGUGUGCCGCGUGUCGGACGACCCACCCGUACACGGAAAAAUCCUGUCGCUACCUACCGGGGGUCGACAAGAAGAAGUUCCAGGCGGACAUCUGCGAGGCCGCGAACUUAUGCAUUGCAAAUAUGUCUGGGUCUGGAAGAGUGGGACUUGUAAUGCUGUCUGCGGAUUCUAAAAAUAUCUGUGUUGCAUGAGCAGCAAGAGGAGUCCAGUUCUUGGCACGCAGAGAGGGCAUUUCUCAUGCGUGAUAAGCAUCAAGAAACUCUCAAAAAUCCUGUGAUGCUAGGACCUGCAUCAAUGACCUCACGGAUCAUGUAAAAUGCGCAUGACAAACCCCGACUCUUCCAGACCCAGACAUAUUUGCAUUUGAUAGAACUGCCAAGAGAACGCGCUACAGUGCCCGCCAGCAACCUGGGCUGGGAUGAGCAUGGGAGGUGGGGCUACCGGCGGUGCGGCGGAAGCAGGGGCAGGGGGCGAGCCGGCUACAACUGCGCCGGAUGCGGCAGCGGCGCGUGCUGGAGCGUUGCUGGCGAAGGAGAAGAAGUGAGCUGGAGAGGGUGGAAGGUGCUGUCUUUCUUCAUCGACGUGGGGUAAGGACGAUAAGGACGAUAUCGUCGUCAACAUUAAAGUGAUUUGCACUACUACGGCUGCUUCAGAAUAUUUGUUUCUUUGAGAAUACAGACACGCGUUUUUUCGAAUGAUGGGGAAGAUCCACAUUACCACUGUAAUGUUUCAAAAAUGAACUAGCAGAACAAGAAGUAAUCUGAGAUUGUGUGCCUCAAGGGCUUUUAG